GGUCUCCUUUGGCGCCUUCCUCCAUCCUCUUCCGGGUUAUGGCGGCCUGGUGCCCCGGAUGUAGCCUUGGCGAAAGCAUCUUUCCUUUCUUCCUCCACCUCCCCGUGGGAUCCCCGGUGAGCGCGGGCAGUUGGGACUACCUGAGUGCCCGUGGCUCUGCUGCCGGUGUGCUUGAAGAAAUCCCCCUCUGCCAGUCAUGCCAAAGAGGAAAGUGACUUUCCAAGGUGUGGGAGAUGAGGACGAUGAGAAUGAAAACAGUGCUCCCAAGAAGAAGCUCGUGGACCCUGUGGUUGGGGCAGGGGGUCCUGGGAGCCGCUUCAAAGGCAAACACUCUUUGGACAGCGAUGAGGAGGAUGAUGAUGAUGAGGGGUCCAGAAAAUAUGACAUCCUGGCCUCGGAAGAUGUAGAAGGUCAGGAAGCAGCCACACUCCCCAGUGAAGGAGGUGUACGGAUUACACCUUUCAACCUGCAAGAAGAGAUGGAAGAAGGCCAUUUUGAUGCUGAUGGCAACUACUUCCUGAACCGGGAUGCUCAGAUCCGAGACAGCUGGCUGGACAACAUUGACUGGGUGAAGAUCAAGGAGCGGCCACCUGAUCAGCGACAAGCCUCAGACUCAGAGGAUGAGGACAGUGUGGGCCAGACACCAAUGAGUGCCCAAGCCCUCCUAGAGGGACUUUUAGAGCUGCUGUUGCCAAGGGAGACAGUAGCGGGGGCACUGAGGCGUCUGGGGGCCAGAGGAGGAAGCAAAGGAGGCAGCAAGGGGACAGGGAGGCCUAGCUCCCCCCAACGCCUGGACCGGCUCUCGGGGUUGGCUGACCAGAUGGUGGCCCGAGGCAACCUGGGUGUAUACCAGGAAACUAGGGAACGGUUGGCUAUGCGGCUAAAGGGGUUAGGGUGCCGGACCCAGGGAGCCCCUGACCCUACCCCUCCACCCUCCCUGGACAUGUUCGCUGAGGAAGUGGCUGAGGGGGAGCUGGAGACCCCAACCCCUACCCAGAAAGAAGAAACAGAGUCGCCAGGAGAUGGUCUGGUGGAUGUAAUGUGGGAAUAUAAGUGGGAGAACACAGGGGAUGCUGAGCUCUAUGGGCCCUUUACAAGUGCCCAGAUGCAGACCUGGGUGAGCGAAGGCUACUUCCCCGACGGUGUUUAUUGCCGGAAGCUGGACCCCCCUGGUGGUCAGUUCUACAACUCCAAACGCAUUGACUUUGAUCUCUACACUUGAGCCUAUUGAGAGCCCAGUUGAGUGGCCCCUUCUUUUCCGGACAUGGUGGAGGAGGCCCCAGCGACCUCAGCAGUUAGGAUAUUGGAGGCCACUUUUCAAUCAGUUUUCCUUUCCCUUAAAUCCUUGGCUGCACUGAUGGCCAAAAGCCAGGGGCGUAUGCCAUAGCUCCUCUGGCCUUGCCUAAGUCCUUGAGUGUUUCCUCCAUGAAGUUCCUCCUUGGCAGUUUCUCUCUGAUUUCUUGGACCAUCUCACCUUUGUGGACCCCCAUUAGUAGCAGAGUUCGAGCCUAUCAGGUGUCUCGAGGUCCCCUUUCCCAAACUCUGCUCAUUGUGUAGAAAUCCUUUCACUCGCACCCUUCUCCAGUCUUCUCUGGAGUUCUUGUUCUGUUCCUCUUGAGUCUUUGACCCCCAGGGAUAGAGGUCCCAAGUGGAGAUUUAAGGCCUGGAAGGGCUAAGCUAUCUGGAAGACUUUAGGACUCUGUUGAGGGCAAGCAGGAGCAUGGUACACACUGGCUCCCACCUUCUCAAGCUCCGUAGACUUCAGCCAAAAGCGCUGUGAGCCUGAGACUGAGCUGACUCUUCCCUAAUCUGGCUUCUCUUUCUCCCGUGGCAGUUUCCACGCCUCUUAAGUGAAGUGCAAACCCAGUGAUGGUACAUGAAAGGCCCUUCAAGGCCAUCUGGACUAGCCAUGCAUUGCACAGGCACAGAGAGGGGGCAGGAACUCGCUAGAGGUCACACAGUGAUUCCAUUGGCUCAGACCCAGUGGGCAUGUUUUCCAGACUUUGCUUGGCCACAAAGUCUUUUCUGCUUGGCCUUGUAGCCUCCAUUCCCAAGCCCUGCUUGUAACUACUACUGGGCUAGUGUCUGAAGGAAACAGGUGAUUGGGCUGGUCUGCUGCCAGAAACUCUUGAGUCUGGUCGAGGAGACACGGAAGACAGGUGUGAUUUUAUUGCCUGGACUAACACGUUCUUCCCCAACCAGUAUUGCCUUAUACCCCACCUAAUUUGUACCAAGUUAGAUUGAUUAUUCUGCUGUGUCCCUGUGGCUGAACCAAGUGGCUGUACGGGACUGAGGGAGCUGGCUGGUGCCCAGGUAAUAAUGGCUCUUAGAAGCUCUCCAAGUGUUGCUAGUAUGCCAUCAGCUGAAAACCCCUGAGCAGCCUCACUCCUGUGACUCGGCUACUCCUGAAGAGAGAAGACACCUUCUUGACCCUUCUGGGGUAACAGCUGAUCUUGUGUGGCUUUUGUGGAGACGGUUAGUUGCAGGAGAUCUGUGUACCAGAGUUAAGAGGCUACCCAGGAGUCCCAGAGGAGCAGGGAGCAGCCUAGAAACAAGGAGAGUCAGGGAGGGAGGGGCGGUUUGAGGCUGAGUGGGGUCUCGAUACUCUUGUGAGGCCUUCAUCUUCUAUAUUUAGGUCCUUUCAGUGCCAGCCUAUGCCAGAAUUUGACUUGCCCAAGAAGCCAUCUUUGUUGUCAGACCUGACUGUUAGUAAGAAAGAAAAUCCUUCCAGAUAAAACUGGAAAGUGUCUUUGAUUAAAAGAUACCUUGGUUCUAGAAGUG